AUGGCGGGUGUGAAGGUAGCGGAGCCAGACCUGCUGAAAGCCUGCGCUGGGGCCGAUGUCCUCCUGUUCGUGGUGCCCCAUCAGUUUAUCGGCAAAGUCUGUGACCAGCUCAAGGGCCACGUGAAGAAAGAUGCUGUUGGGGUGUCACUGAUCAAGGGAGUGGACGAAGGACCAGAUGGGCUGAGGCUGAUCUCAGACAUCAUCCACGAGAAACUGGGAAUAGAGAUGAGCGUCCUCAUGGGGGCCAACAUUGCUAAUGAAGUGGCAGAAGAGAAGUUCUGUGAAACAACCAUCGGCUGCAAGAACACGCAGCACGGGCAGACACUGAAGGAGCUGAUGCAGACCCCGAACUUCCGCGUGACAGUGGUGCAGGAAGCUGACACCGUAGAGAUCUGCGGGGCUCUCAAGAACGUUGUGGCUGUAGGAGCUGGUUUCUGUGAUGGGCUCGGCUACGGAGACAACACCAAGGCUGCCGUGAUCCGUCUGGGACUGAUGGAGAUGAUUGCCUUCGCCAAACUCUUCUGUAAGGGCCCUGUCACCUCCUCCACCUUCCUGGAGAGCUGUGGGAUCGCUGACCUCAUCACUACCUGCUACGGUGGCCGCAACCGCAAGGUGGCUGAGGCUUUCGCCAAGACUGGGAAGUCUAUUGAGCAGCUGGAGAAGGAGAUGUUGAAUGGGCAGAAGCUGCAGGGUCCCCAGACGGCUGCUGAGCUGCAUCGCAUCCUUAAAAGCAAGAAUGCAGUGGAGAAGUUCCCCCUCUUCACAGCUGUGUAUCAGAUCUGCUACGAGGGCAAACCUAUCGCUGAUGUCAUCAAGUGUCUCCAGAACCACCCUGAGCACAUGUAAGCGGGCUCUGCCUGCAAACCCACUGAUCCCGCUGAGAUGAGCGGAGAGCUCCUGCCUGCACCAACUUCCUGCUGCUACAGCUUUGUGAGGAGCCUGGAUUUCCUGGGAGCCUUUGCAGAGUGCUGGAAGGGCAGAGGUUCCCUUUCUCAGCCCUGGACACUGCCAGCCUGAGCCUGGCAUCUGCACAGAGGUACCUGCUGAUCUCCCUCUCUCUUUGAAGGGCUUGUU